AUGUCUGCGACUGGCGGUACCAUCCGUAGCCGGACCAUGGGUCGGGGCCAGCUCCCCUUUGACCCUAACUCUUCAUCCGCCAUCCCUCGAAAAGUCGACCAUCCAGUUCCUCCAAAUGUUUCAUCUGAUAUCGGUGGAAGCUCUACCUUGAGUACAAGCAGACAGAAACAGUCUAAACGAGAUGAGAUGGAGGCGGAUCUUAGCAAGAAGAAGUUCAACCCUUCCAAGGCUCGACACACCCGAAAGGCACCCCCCGGCACGGUUCUUGCCCUGAAACCCAGUCAAGCGCUACAGAUCAAGCCAAACACUACUGUUUCCGAGGCUGCCCAAUUGAUGGCUGCAAAGAGGGAGGAUUGCGUUCUUGUGACCGACGAUGACGACCGAAUUGCUGGUAUUUUCACUGCAAAAGAUCUGGCAUACAGAGUUGUUGGCGCUGGUAUCCGUGCUAGGGAUGUGACGAUUGCCGAAAUCAUGACAAAGAACCCGCUAUGUGCCCGAACUGAUACCAGCGCCACUGAUGCUCUCGAUCUUAUGGUCCGCAAGGGAUUCCGGCAUCUUCCUGUCAUGGAUGAGAACCAGGAUAUCUCUGGUAUUCUAGACAUCACCAAAUGUUUCUACGACGCAAUGGAGAAACUCGAACGUGCAUAUAGCUCGUCCCGCAAGCUCUAUGACGCCCUUGAAGGCGUGCAAUCUGAACUAGGCUCUUCUCAACCCCAGCAGAUUAUACAGUACGUAGAGGCGUUGAGGUCGAAGAUGUCUGGACCUACACUGGAGUCUGUACUUAACGGACUGCCUCCUACCACUGUGUCUGUGCGCACAUCCGUCAAGGAGGCUGCUGCAUUGAUGAAGGAGAACCACACAACUGCGCUUUUGGUCCAGGACCAGGGAUCCAUCACCGGUAUAUUUACAAGCAAGGACGUCGUCCUGCGGGUUAUUGCUCCCGGCUUGGACCCAUCCACCUGCAGCGUCGUCCGAGUCAUGACUCCUCACCCAGACUUUGCUCCUACAGAUAUGACCAUCCAAGCUGCUCUCCGAAAGAUGCACGAUGGGCAUUACCUCAACCUCCCCGUCAUGAACGAAGCUGGUGAGAUUGUGGGCAUGGUUGACGUCCUCAAGCUGACCUAUGCUACGCUGGAACAGAUCAACACGAUCCAAACCAACGAAAGUGAGGGUCCAGCCUGGAACAAGUUCUGGCUUUCCAUGGACAAUGAGUCUGACUCAGUGGUGUCUGGCAGCCAGCCGUCCCACAUGCACCAUCGGUCUCUGUUGAGCCCAGACCAUAGAGGCCACACUGUUGAUAGUGUUCUUCCCAAUGACUCCGCCUCCCACCACGGAGGUGAAGAAGUGCCCGCUUCCGAGUUACAAGAACGUCAGGCGGCAGAAGAGAAAGCCGAUCCUUCUUUCCCUUUCAAAUUCAAGGCCCCAAGCGGCCGUGUCCACCGUCUACACGUUGAUCCAACCGCCGGUAUUGCAGAGCUGGUCCGAAACGUGUCCGCUAAACUAGGAGCAGAAGUCGACGCUAUCGGUGGCCAAGCUGUUGUUGACGAUGGAAAGCUCAGCAACACCGGUUUCGCCAUGAGUUAUGUGGAUAGUGAGAGCGACACCGUCUCCAUCACCGCUGACCAGGACCUUGUCGACGCCAUUUCCAUUGCGCGAAAAGCAAACCGAGAUAAGGUCGACCUAUUCGUCCACAGCCCGGACUCUACCCCGGUAAUUCCCAAAGAACCUGAGCCGGUAGCAGCAGCCAAGGCCGUCUCUCCCCCGGAAUCUGUUACUGUUGCGGCCGAGGAAGAUAAUGCACAUAGGGAGGAGUUUACCACCAACUCCAAGCCCGCAGCCCAACCACUGGUGCAGCCUUCGACUGAUCAGCAGCUCAUCAACGGUAUCCCCAACGAGCUCAUCCUACCUGGUGCUAUCGUUACCCUAGCCGCCGUCAUCGUCGGUGUCUUCGUACUGAGCCGCGCAGGUAGACGAUAAACCCUGCCGAUAAU